UUUCUCUCAGAAGAGAAAAACAGAGAGAGGAGGAAGAAGAAGAAAGGCUGCAGAAAAAAAAUGAAAAUGUUUCAUUCACGUCAAAUCUGGACCUGACUGAAUAACUUCACUGUUCAUCUUCUUCUUCAUCGGUUCAUCUUAUCCUGUUUGAGGUUGUUUUUCUGAGUUUUUUUUGGUUUCUGAAAACCAGAAACUAAACCUACCACUUGUCUAAUAUUCUUUAAAUGGAACUUGACACGAUUACUUCUUCUUCUCCUCUCUCUGUUUUCUUCUUGUUUUAGCCGCAGUAACGCUUUCUUCUUCUUCCUUUUUAUCAUUAUUCUUCUUUUGAUUUUGUCCAUGUAGUAUGUGGAUUUUGUUUUGAUCGUUUUUGAGUUUUUGAGGAUUCUUCAAGAUCAGAUCAUCAUUUUGUUGUCUAAGUUUUUUUUCUGUUUGAUUAAGUUAUUAAUUGAAGCAGAGAGACAAGAUUACAUAAAAUGUAAAUACAAAAAAUGGUUGUUGAUAGAGACUUAGAUUCAUUACUAUCUUAAUCUCUGAAACUUUCUGCAUAAUACAUCCAGAAAACUCUGCAUCUCUGCAAUUAAGAGCUUUUUGAAGAAGAUGUUGGAUCUUAAUAUAGGCAUGUCAGUUGAUUAUACUUGUGGUGAAGAUGAAGUAAUGAUGGAAAGGGAUCAACAUCAUCAUCAUCGACAACAAGAUAGUUCAGGUGGAGGUGGUGCUGGUGGUGGAGGAAUAUUUAUAGAUGAUUCAGGAACAUCAAAUUCAUCAGCAGCAAAUGUUGAUGGAGGAGGUGUAUCGUCAAGUAAUGGUGGUGAUGAAGAAUCAUGUUCUACUUUUACUGCUUAUAACUUUGAAAUCUUAAGCAGAGAUUAUAAAAAUAAAAUCACAAUCGAAGACGACGAUGAUGAUCAAGAAGAAGAACAGCAACCGAGUCAUCAUAACUCAGUUUAUAUAACUCGCCAACUAUUUCCUGCUUCUCCUAAUAAUGAUGGUGGUGAUGGGAUAAGUUUUCGAUUAGGUUCAUCAAUGGCUUCUUCUUCUUCAGCUUCUAAUUCAAGACCACAUUAUGUUGAUCUUUCAUUUUGUCAAAAUGAGACUGUUCAUCAUGAGGUGGUUAAACCCAUACAGCAACCACAGCCACAGCCACAGCCACAACCAGUGAAGAAAAGUAGAAGAGGACCUAGGUCUAGAAGUUCUCAAUAUCGUGGUGUUACAUUUUAUAGAAGAACUGGGAGAUGGGAAUCUCAUAUUUGGGAUUGCGGGAAACAAGUGUAUUUGGGUGGAUUUGAUACAGCUCAUGCUGCAGCUAGAGCGUAUGAUCGAGCUGCAAUCAAGUUCCGAGGAGUCGAGGCGGAUAUUAACUUUAAUCUUAGUGAUUACGACGAUGAUUUGAAACAGAUGAAGAACUUGACAAAAGAAGAAUUUGUUCACAUUCUUCGCCGCCAGAGUACCGGUUUCUCAAGAGGGAGUUCGAAAUAUAGAGGAGUUACAUUACACAAGUGUGGUCGAUGGGAAGCUCGCAUGGGUCAAUUCCUUGGCAAGAAGUAUAUUUAUCUUGGGCUAUUUGAUAGUGAAGUAGAAGCCGCAAGAGCUUAUGACAAGGCAGCGAUUAAAUGUAACGGAAGGGAAGCAGUUACUAACUUUGAGCUUAGUUCCUAUGAGGGAGAGAUGAUUCCUGAUGUCAAUUUAGGAGGAAAUGAACACAAUCUUGACCUUAAUUUGGGAAUGUCUCCCUCCUCUUUCCCGAAUGCCCCUAAAGGGAAUGAUCACAUGGGCGCUCACCAUAUCCAGCUUACUCCUUUUGAGCUGACUGAUGCCAGAAGAGGAAGUGCUGCUACAUCAACACCUGCGGAACACCCUCAUGCCCAUGCAAUGGCAUCUGAACCACCUCCCAUUUGGAAUGGUGGAUACCCCGGUUUCUUUCCGAAUUACGAGGAAAAAGGGACAGAGAAGAGGGUCGAAGUAGGUCAACAGGGCCUCUCAAAUAAUUGGGCGUUCCAAAUGCACGGCCACCACGGUUCCAGUGCUAACCGAAUGCUCCCAUUCUCUACUACUGCAGCAGCAUCAUCAGGAUUCUCUUCUUCAACAACGAUUGCCCCGCCACUUCCUCUACACCACCCUCCUCAUUUCACAAACACACCACCAGCAUCUCAUCCUAACCAUUACCCUCCAUCGGCAAACAACUCUCACUAUUUCUAUUACAGAAACUAACCCAACCACUACUACCACAAGAAAUCAACCAACCCCGUCGGCUCUGACUGAAUCAAAUGAAAGUUCUCCAAUUCCUUUUGCUUAAUCCAUCAUUUUCUUGCUUUCUUUCUCUGUAUCAUCAUUUCAACACCAAAAGACCUCUCUGAGUACAACAACUUCCUACCAUUAUCUACUAUUAUAACUUCAUUGCAAGUAGAUAUAGUUUGUGUAUUUUUUUAAAAAAAUUUCCACCCUAGAUUAGCUAUAUUUUGGUAAAACAUUGGGCACAAAUCUGGUCAAAAUUCAGGGCCUAGUUCCUUUGUUAUUUUAUUUUUUGGUUUGCUAACAUGUGCUUGGUUUCACUCUUUUUAGUGCAAUAAACAUGUUUUGGUCCCAAUUCUCUUGACUUUGUACUGUUUAUCUAUUGUAGAACUAGUCUUAUGCUAACUUUCAAGUAAGUAAGAAGAGAUCAGAAAAGGAUGGAAAAUUUUCAGUUCUUUUGUAAGUGAAAGGUCCCCCACACCAUGAAGAAGAGGCCAAUUUAUUAUGAAUGGCGUGAAAAGCCUGUAAUAUGAGUCUUGACAUCUUAGAAAAAAGAAAGAGAAAGUGAGUUUGUUUGUGUGUUCA